UUUAUUUUCUUUUCCCUUUUUUCUUGGUUUAAAUAUUCACUUCAAACACGUACGUAUGACUACUUGUUAUAAAAAUAAUCGGUAAGCAAAAGAAUCACUUAUGUUUUAUUUGUCUAAACUCAAUACUAUGCCUAUACGCAACGACCUUUCUAAAUCCGUUACUUUCAUCCGGAGAGACAGUAUACAUGUUUUCCAUAUAGAUACGAGCUAGUAAACUGCAUCAUUUCACAAAAAAUGGCUAGAUUUAUUUAGUCACUAUCAUAUUAAAUAGUAGUAUUAAUUAAAUUACAUAUUAAUAACUAACAAAAUAUAAAUUUUAACACUGAAGCUAUUCAAACAGGUACAUGUCAGCUAAAAAUUACAUAUACUAAGAUCGAUUUCAUUGGACCAUAAUAUUUUUAUCCUGAGAUAUGUGAUAAGUCACGUUAGUUUAAGGCUUGCAGUGUCCAGUGGAACUCUAAUCUAAAUAUGCGGUUACAUCUUCGAACGGCUAGGUGGACUGUAUACCAUCGAUCCAUCACUACUAAUAUUAUAGUAUUAUUUAAACAAAUCAAUAUCGGAUAGAUAUUAUAUAAAAUUUUACUGAGGAUGAUAGAUAGGCAUCUAUCAAAUUUGUUUAAGGGAAAGCGAAUGAGUCUGGGCAGGAUGUUCUUGGGAAUAUAUAUAUAUAUUUAUAUAUAUAUAUAUAUAUAAGCAUAGAGUUUGGAAAUAUUUGCAUUAAAGAACCAGAAACUUUUAUAAGAAUGUUCAUGUAAUAUGUAGGAUAUAUAACAUGUUAAAUUUGAUAAUUUUCACUCGUUAUCACAUUACGACAAUUUGUAGUUAGUUAUUAAUUCUUCUGUAGUUAGAAAUAAGCUAAGAAGUUUGGAAUCCUUUAUACAUAUACAGUUGUUAAACAGUUACGAAACUGUCAUAGUUUCCGUAACUAAACUAUUUACACGAAUGUAAUAUUUUUAAGGUUGUGAUCUCUCAAAUGAGAAACUGGAUCUCAAAUUUUGUUUACCUUUUUUUAAUUUUUAGAGUUCUGUAUUGUUUUAUCUGUUUAGAUACUCUCUAAAUAUGGAAUCGCCUUAAUCGAGGACCCGUUCUUAAUAUUAAUUAGAAAUAUAUCAAAAGCUUGAGCCGAAGAAAAUGCACACUGCCUCUCUCUCUAUCUUGAGAGGUGUCAUCGAAGAGCGUAAAUCACGGACUUUGGAAUGAGUACAGUACUGAAGAGUACAAAGUAGAAGAAGAGUGAUGGAGUGUGUUGUUACUUAAACGUCGUCCGAGAGAGUGUGCCUGUGACACUUCCAAACAAAUUUCCUUUUCCUUUUCUUUGCAGACACCCAUGUGCCUCUUUCAUUGUAGUUUUUUCCUACUUUUUCAUUUUUCAUUUUUAAUAAAAAAAACUACUGUUUAUUAAUUUCUGUGUUUUCUGAUCGUUUUUCUUUUCCAACGGUAUGUGCAGUUAAUCCCCAGCCUUCAAUUGUUCUUAUAUAUUGUAAACCAAUACUCUAAAAUACGUCUUGGUAUUUGUAAACCAAAAGAAAAGGAAAACUAUUUAGGACACACAAAAAGAUGAAAACAGGUCUGAGUCACCUUUAUAGUGAGUUCACUUCACAGCAUGAUGUCUGAACUGGGUCUCAAGUACAAUAAUGCAAAACGGAAAUACUCUUUGCAAAAGGAACUUAAUUUUGGUUUUCAUUUUCUCUGUGAGAUUUCACUGGUAAAUGAUGGAUUGCUUCUUGUGGAUAUCUUUUUGUGGACUCAAACUAGUACGAUUCGGAUCCUAGGUUAGAUUAUUAGAAAACGAUUAAAAUCAGUAACGAACAUGAUGCAUUCCAAUUUAUAUUAUUUUUAACUAUGAAAUUUGUAGAUUAUUUUGCUCAAAUAAAAAAUGUAGAAAAACAAACUUUGUUCUACACCAAUGAGUUUAAUGUUCAACAAUAAAAUGGUCAAAUACUAAGAGAACUAAUGAAUUAUAAGUCUAAUAUAUAUGUAUAUGUAUAUAUAUAUAUACAUAUAUAAUAGUAUAUGAUACUAACAACACGAAUGAAUAGAUGGAAUGACUUAAAAUAUAGUACAUAGUCUUGAACCUUUAAUUAUGUUGACAUAUAUAAGCUAAACAGUUUUGUUUUGUUGAAAAACAAAGUUUGAGUAGUUGGACGGUAUGUUUCAACCUAUUUUCAUUAAAUUCUGUUAAUCCGUAUCCCAUGAAUAAAAAGUAGUUGAACAAAGAAAACUCAACGAGAAACUUUUCCCACAUGAUAAUUAGAUGAGAAAAGCUGUAUGUCUAUUAAGCAGUUUACAAAAAAAAAAAGCUGUAUGCCUUUAUCCACUUUUCUUCGAAGCAAGGUAAGGUAAGGCUGAUGUUGCUUCCAGUAGAUGUCUCAUCUACCUAAGACACUGCACUUGUAAUAUCAAUAAACUGAUAAUUUUCUAAUGAAUAUCGUAAAUAUCUAUGGUAAUACCAUAUUGUAAGAUAUUCAUACUGUUAAGUAAAAGAUAAUCUUGCAGACUAUUAUUCUAAGAUAUGCAGGGACACCUUCAAUCUCGUUUCCCGAUAUAUAUAAUCUUUGACUGGAAAGAAAAAAACUAUGUUCAGUUUGCAUUGAUCUCAUCUAGAAAGAAGUAAAGAACUAAUUCUGAUUUCGGACAGUACGAAAUCGAACUUGGAAACUCAUUCUAAAUCUCAAUUAAAAUUUAGCUCGUUUAGAAUAAUCUUUGUAUAUGUAAUUUGAAUAUAACACCCGCGGGGGAAAAAUAUAUAUGCAUCGGAAAGAAAAAUAUGAAACUUAAAUCUUAUCAAAAAUGAUGCGUACAUACGUGUAAUGCUCUGACGCAGUAGCGUUGUGGGCUGCUAACUGGCUCUGUAUACGCUCCCAUUCAAUGUAUUUUCUCAUAUUACCCCCCAAAAACGAAGGGAGAAAGCUGUUGAUAUUUACAUAUUAGCGUAAAAAAUCUGAUUACAUUUUGAGCCUCAAACACAAUCUUUUCGUGUUGGACUCAACCAGUCAGUGAGCUAUUUUAGUCUUUAAAACUUAGCUUCUUUGGUUACCAGAAGAGAUGUUGAAUUUUGACUAAAACAUCAUUUACCGCAUUCAAGUGAAAGUAAAAAGAAAACUCCACAGAAUAUAUUUUCCAUAAUCGACGGGAUUGGUUUAGUCACAAAACUUCGAAAGUUGGAUGGGUAGUCAUAUUCUAAAAUUGAUUAUUACUAUCAUUAAAACAAAACAUGGUUUUGUCUUAAACAAUCCCACAUGCACUGUCUUGGGAGUUAAGACCCAUUCGUUUAGGAGCCACCAAUCUAGGUCCUAAUCAUCUUUGUCCUAAUCGACUCUUAAUUAGAUAAAUAUUUAAACCUUUGAUGAGAUCAACAUUUUGUAAGGAAAUCUGUAUUAGAUAUUUGAGCAUUUAAUGUAUAAUAUAUAACUAAACAAGAAAAUUAGCAAUAUCUAGUUGCAAUUUCUCAUAACUAGAUCCUAAUAGAAAAAAUUCAUUCGUUUCAUUUUUUCAAUUUUUUUAAAACAUAAACAUUUACUUGCACCUAAACCUUUAGGCUUUAGUCAUAUAUUAUAUUCCACCAUAUGUCACUAAUAAUUAAUAAAAACAUUAGAACUUCAUUAAGAAUACUUAUGGAAAACAACAUCAUACUAAUAAAUGUGUCCCAAACAACAUAAUAAUUAAUCUUGUGUCCAAACAAUAUAAAACAUUAGGUCAUAAUUUUUUAAUGGCUGUUUAUUAAUAUUUUUAAAUUAUUUAAUAAAUUAAAUAAUUGACUAAAACACUCAAAUAGUUUAUGGAAAAAUAAAAAUAAGUACAACUAUUUUUCUGAAGGUUUAGAUACUACAAAAUAAUUUCAUUUAAUAUGAAAUCAAUUAAAUCAAUAGAUUAUUUCAUUUAUAUUUUCAUAAAUAAAAAAAAUUAAUUCAUUUAAACUUUUUAAAAAAUCAUAUUAAGUUAAAUAUGGUAUACAAUUCUAUAGUCUAUAAAUUGACAUCAAAUAAGUUUUGUAGUUAAAUUUUCUUAUCAAAAUAUAGAUCACAUAUUUAAUCAAAUAUAUUACAAAAUUUUAUUAAAUAUUCAUAAUGAAACAAGUUGAAAUAAUUUAAAAAUAAUUAUAUAUAUAAAUAUAAAAUAAAAUAUAUUUAUAGUUUUCAAAUACACUAAAAUAAAAUGUUAAGACAUAUUGAUUUUGUUAAAUAAAACUAUUUCUGCACUUUUAUGGGUUAAAAUCUAGUGGACUAUUAAAUUGGAACAAAGCAUUAAAGGCAAGACUAUGCUUUUAAAUAGUUUUAAUUAGUCUUUUAGACGGUUGAAGAAAUGCUGUUGAUAUACUGAUAUACAAUCCAUCAACAUUGCAUUCUGUAUUUAAGUUUAUUGUGGUUGAUAACUUGAUAUAAAGGCAAUGGCGGAAUCCGUGCUUGGCGGUUAUAACCGGUACAACAACUUAUAGCUGAUCAAGGAAAAUCCGGAUUCAACACCUUAUAGUUAUCCGAAAGUUGGAGACUUGGGUCGGUUUAUGCUGUUCAACCACAAAGGUCCGGUCUAAAUGUCUAAUCCACAGGACCACAACAAAGAUAUACAUAUAAGAAAAACUAGAGUUUGACCCGUGUAUUCGCACAGAUGUUUAAUUUAAUAAAAUAGACAUAUAAUUUUUUUACAAUACAAAAUGUAAUUUGUACAAACAUACAUUCAUAUGGGUAUUUAUUUGAUUUGUAAUUGUGAUAAAUGGACUAUUUUUACUGUGUGUAAUUUGUUGAUUACAAAUAUAUUAUAUAAUAUAUUUGUCGAUUUAUAUUUUUGACUACAGUAACCAUUUUGAUGUAUUUAUUUCUAAAUUAGAGUACCAAUUAUUAUGUUUAUAUAUAUUAAUAAAUCUAUAUUUUAAAAAUUAAAUGUAUCAUGUUUUAAUAACAUAGAUAUAUAUGUCUCUAAAUUUUUUUAUAUGCCAAAUAAAUUUCACUUUUAUUUUUAUUUUUGAGAAAAUAUUAAAUUGAAAUUUAUUUGUUGUAUUCUUAUAAUUAAAUUUAUAUGUGUGAAUUGUAUUAAUCAUCAAAUUAUUUAAUAUAUAUUUUAAAAAUAAGUUUAUAUAUUUUAAUAAAAAUAUCUAUAGUUUAUAUUUUGCAUGUGAAAUAAAAUAAUGAUAUAUAUGAAUAUAUCUAUAACAUUUAAAGUUUGUAGAUACAUUUUAAAUAAAUUUGUUUAGUUUUAUUGUAAAAUUUGGUUACAGAAUAAUCCGGUUAAAAAAUAAUUGUAAGUUUCGUACGUUUGGUUAGAAAAGAAUUUAACAAAAUAAAUGAUUUGUAGUUAAUCAAUUAAGUUUGAAGUUUGGAUAGCGAAAAAUCUAACAAAAUAAAUGAUUUGUUGUCAAUUAAUUAAUAAUUAUUAAUUAGGUAGCGCAUGUAGUUAUUAGAAUGAAAAAAAAUAAUUUCUAAUACUUACUUCACUUUUAAUAAUAUAGUAUAUUAAAAUAGAUAUUUUGAUUAUAUUGAGUAUAUGGAGAACGUUAAAAAGAUAUAAUAUUCAUUGAACAAAUGGACGAUGUUUGUAUAUGUUUUCUUAUUGCUCAUAUGUUGAUCUCGUGUGGUUAAAAUGAUUUUUUCACUUAUUACGUCAUUUAUUUUUAUUUUUUUACACUAUAGUAUAAACAUAUAUAUAAAAAUUGGAUUGUAAAUUACAACUGAUUCAUGAUAUGAUUAUUAAAGUACAAACUAAUUAAUCAUCUUUUUCGGGAAAAAAUAGUCUCAACUGAUUCAUGUUUUGAUAUUCCUUAUUGUUUAGAUUUGUUUAAAUUAUUGUUGCCAUGUUUUUAGUUAAAAAUCAAUUUAGGAAAAUGCAUUAAUAAAACAGGAAAGACAAAGAAUAUCUAUUGUUUGGUUUAUUAAAUACUGCAGUGGCAUUCUAUUGUAAAUAUUGUGCAAGUUUAAGGGUUAGUUUAAUUUUGUACUCCUUUUUUAAUAGAUUAGAUGACUAUCCAAAGAUGGAAGAAACAUGUUAGUGGAAAAAAGUAACGACACGUACAGGUACGUAGUCAUCCAUUUUAUUUGUUUGCUUUGCAUGUUCUAUGUAACAGGAUGGAUCGUGGGAAUACGUCAUUAAUUGAAACAAGAUGACCAUGACCAUAUGCCCCAUAGUGUUUUUUUAAAUAUAAAUUAGUAAUUAUUCAUUAUUAUUUACUCUUUUAUUCUAUCUUUAAUUGUAUUGGCCAGUAAAUCAAAUCAAUCGAAUGGUUUAUUUUGCAUAGUGAAUGUUGUCUUCUUCGUUGGCGGUGUUGUUCGAUGGUGACAUUAGGGUCAGUGUAAGCACAUGAACCCCAUGUUACUCCGCGGCUCCGUUUACUUCUUACUUUAACAACUUUUUGCAUAAAUACGCGUUGUGCGAAAUUGAUGCCUUAAAAUCCUUAUACUGUAUAACAUAAAUUCAAGUUAAAAACAUAUUACACUAUAAAGUAACUACUCUUACUAACUAUCAGUUAUAGUUUUGAGAUAUGUCGAAACAUUUGACCCAUGAACCAUAUUUUGUAUCUUUAGCUUUUUCGUUGGAUUUUCUAUACCGAGCUCCUUUGGGUUGUUUGGUUUAGACGGUUUAAUGUUUUUUUUUGAAGAAAGGCUUUCAAAUUUAAACAAAACAUAAAAGUUUACAAAGAAAAGACUUAACAGCUUAUAGACGGUUUAAUGUUUAGUUUUUGGUUUUUACCAAAAAUGCAUCACAAGAGCUAAACCACCAUGAGUGACUCGAUUUUAAUAUAUUGUAUGUCUUUCUGUUUUCUGUUUUCAGCUGCUUCGUAAGUUCAUGUCCUAUCCAGAAUAAGUCAUUUUCAAGACCACGCCCAAAAAAAAAACUGAAAAAUAAGUCUGCACAUAAUUGGAUUUAGACCCACUUCUCAUAUAGUUAUAAUGUGCAACUAACCACUAGACUAUUGACAGUUUGCGCAACAUAUGACCGGUUAAAUACUUACUAAAAUGGGGGUCGGAAGGCGAGGCUUCCUUCGCUUUGGACCAAGCUCUAUUCGAUGAUCAUGAAUAAUAACAUUGUCAAUAUUUAUACCGCUGCAUCAAAAUAUAACAAAAGCAUUUAUUAGAUAGGAUUGAAAUGUGUUAGAACAGCUAAUUCAGGACCCAUCAGAUCCAUAUUAAAUGCGUCAGUGUUUAUGUAUCCAGCUAAUGUUUGUACUUUGAAGGCGUACGUCAAAGUAUGCCAUUGCUUCUUCAGUUUUAUGAUGUAAUGUUGUAUGGGUCGCAUUAAAAAGGUUUUAAAAAGUCUAAGGAGAAAUAUUAACUGAAUAUAUACACAUACACAUGUGAAAACAUAUAGGUAAUGUAUCAGUUAUCACAUACUUCUAUACACACACUAAUAGUAUUUACUGAGAUAAGUUAUUUUGAUUAUAUAUAUAUAUAUAUUUUUUUUUUUAACCAUGACGAGUUAGUCUGGUGGUAAACGGCUCGCAGCUGCAAGUACGGUCCCGGGUUCGAUUCGCACUGGCCACCAGGGAAUUUACAUGCGGACUUGCUCUGGCGCCCGAGAUCGAAGACCGUUACCUGGCCAUGACCCACCUUCGGGUGUGCGUCCGCGCUGCUAAAGGGUUCGGUCUCUAGUCUGGACCACCACGGUGGGGCCAGGACACUCGGUUAUCUAUAUAUAUUUUUUUUGAAACACAAUUAUUUUAAUUAUAUAUUCACUAACGUCCGCACCUUGUGCGGACUAAUAUAUAUAUAUAUAUACCUAAUCAUUCUUAAUUCUAAUGUUCGUUUUAAUAAAAAAUAUUAAUUUAGAUUAGUAUUAUUAUAAUUAUAAAAGUUCAAUAUUCAUACUGGUAAUCAAUGUGUUAAAUUACGUUCUUUUGUUUCAUAUUUUUAUUUAUGAGAUGUGGAUUUUGGAUCAAAAUUUUUUUUUCUAUAGUAAUAAUCAAAUUAGGAAACUUGGAUUUGAAAUUAAUCAUUUAUGAUAUUUGGACUGAAAGGAUUAUAACAAAAUAACAAUAGCAUAGGAGUGUUCAAUCCAGUAAAACUGAACCAUUCAAAACAGAACCGAAAUAGAGAAAUAGUUUGGAUUUGAUAGUAUCAAAUAAACUGAAUAGAUGUUAUUUUGAAAACCUAGUAUAUGGAUAUGGUUGAGUAUAUUAACUGAUCCAACCGAAGAAAUCGAUUAAUUAGAAUAUAUUAGUAUAUAUAUAUUAUUUUUUUGUCGACGUCCAUCUUCUAAGAUCAAGUGGUAGUCGGGCUUGACUGGUUCUGAAGAGACAUUCUGUCCAGCUGGGUCUGAUUUAUAUGGAAAAGAGAACCCUCUUGUUUCUCGCUUCCUUUGCGAGAGAAUAUACACGCAAAUUCCUGGUCAUUAGUAAUAAAUUUAUAAUAAUCUUUAUUUGAAUUAAUAUUUUCAAUAAAAAUUAGAGAAACUGACUAUAAUAUUAGUCACUAACCAUAAGCUAAAUAUAAGAUAUACAUAAUUAUGAUAUUAUCUGUGGAUAUUGUUAAUAUCUGUUGUUAAUAUAUAUUUAAUUAAAUGUUUUAAAUAUCAUGGUAAUUAUAUACUAGAAUAUUAAAAAAAAUAGUAUAUAUAUAGGUAGAAUAGUUUGAUGUUUAUUAAUUAUCUUAAAUUAUGAUAAAAUUAUAUAUUAAAAAAAAUUAAUAAAUAUUAUUAAUUAAACUGAUGACUUAUGCUAAAAUCAUGGAAAAUAAAACUUAACUUGAUCUUCGAGCCUUGGUUCCUCUUGUAAAUGGAGUGUAAAUAACCAUUUAGAACAACGGCGAUAAAAAAACCCAAGGUUUCUUGGAUACUUUAGUCCAAUAUGAUAAACUCUUGGGCCAAUGAGUUAUGUUUAGCCCAAAGUUUAGGUACAUCCACUCAAAUUUGAUUUUUUUUUCCUCUUGUUUGUUCGAAUAGAGAUUUUUAUGUUUGGUUAAACCCUGGAAGAUCGUAGAACCCCUAUAUGUGUACGUUUGACAUAUUCUAUCUUCUCGAAAAUGGAAAUAUAAAUUACAUUUUCGAGAGAGUUACUAACUUACUAUACCACUCUAAAACAAUAAUGAAGAUUGAAGAGUCUCAUAUCUGUUGAUUCAUAUUUGAAAAGUUUUCAUAUAUCAAACGCUCCCUCUAUAAUUUGGUGGGUCACAUCACAUGUUCUCUAAUUAUUUCAUAUGAAAAGCCAUUAUCCGAAAGAAUUGACAUAUAGGUGUAAAGCAACGAAAAUGAAAUCGAGCGCAGAAACAUGGAUAUCCACGAAUGGACCGUCACAAGAUCUUUCGAUAACAAUUAGUUUUUUUUUAGGUCAAACGUAGAGAGUCAGUGUGUUGAUGAUGAAGCCCCUCGUGUUGUAUAUAGUAGCUGCCAAACACUAACAUAUUCAAAUCGUCCAUCCAAUUAUAAAGCUUCGGAACACAAUAAUUUAAUUCGCCUUUUGACCUCCAUUAUGUCAAAUACAGUCGAACGAUCACGGGGACACAAACAACUAAACAAAGAACCAUUAGUUGCACUUGUCUCAAAGAGUUUUGGAUUUUGUUCAUUUAGCUUUUUCGUUAUUGCUUUUUAUGGGUACGUUCAGUUCAUCUAUAUAUAUGCAGCCAUUAUCUACAGUGGUUGUCACAAAUGCAGAUGCUUUUGUUUCCAAAUAAUUUAACUCUUUUUGCACGACUGAAAAAUAUCGAGUUAAAUAUCAAUAGAGAAAUUCUAUAAAGUUCAAAGAAAUGUGCUUUUUCUUUCUUACAUUUUAAUGGUUUUUCAUUUUCUUUCUGUUCUUCAGGAACUAUAUUUUCUCGCUGAAUUCAUACCCUUUCUUAACUUACUUAUUGAGAAAAAAUCUGAACCGAACUAAAGUGCCUUCAAGUUAGGACCGGAGCCAAGUAGCGGAAUGGUGGAUGUCAUUUCAUAUUCAUAGCUGGUUUAAUGACAGUCUGAAACGUGGAACGAACUAAAAAUGUUCAAUACUAUGUGCUGUGGAUUUACUUUAACCUUGUAUAGAGAAACGAUGCAUGGGAUAAUUAAUUGGAAUUCAUGUAUUAUUUAUUCUCUACUUCUUGCAUGUGGGCUGUGGCCUAUUUCAAAGUAUGGGACUAUGAUCGAUCGUGUACCUCACCCCACAAACCAAAAAGUCCUAAUCUGAAACAGUUUGCUUAAUAUGGUACGUCAAAUCACUCGGGCUUAUUUAUUUUCUAGCAAAGCGUUGUAUAUAUAUAUAUAUAUAUCCAGUUUUCGAACACACCUUUUAUAUGUCUAUGGAAUGUCUUUAUCAAAAAAAAAAAAAAAUCAUACAAGUUGAUUGUAACAUGUUUCUCCUUUCUUGUUUUGGUUCGAUUAAUAUAAGAGAUGGGUAGGUAUUUAACUAGUUAUAAUUCAUCUAUGGGAAUGGUAGGGUCUAAUUAUAAACAUGUUUCACCAAAAAGAAAGAAAAUACAAAGUGGUUUCUAGAAAAACAAGGCAUAAGCAUGUGAACUUCAUCCACUAGCUGAUAUGUUCCUCAAACUAUUACUCUCGAGUGACUUAUAAUCCGGUCCUAACUUGAAUUCAUUUAAGUCAGAUUUAGUUAUUAUCUAGCAAACCAUUGUAUACAUCCAAUUUCCGAACACAUUUUUCGUGUAUCUACGGAACGUCUUUAUCAAAAGUAAUAAUCUCAUAGAAGUUGAUUGUAAAUGUUUGCCGUUCGUAUUUUGAUUAUAUUCAUAUAAGAGACAGUAGGUUGUUAUAAUUCAUCUUCGGGAAUGGUAGGGUCUUAUAAACAUGUUUCAUCACUCAAAGGGAAAAAUAUUGGUUCAAAAAAGACAAGGCAUAAGCAUGUGAACUUCAUCCAAUAGCUCCACCUGAUAUGUUUCCCAAACUAUUACUCUCGAGUGAAUUGCGGUCACAAACUCUUUUAGUUUCCCUAUAUAUACAUGGUGCACUUUGAGAACCUUGCUUACAAACUAACUAAUCCAUUUCUAUAGAAGACCAAGAUAGUAAAAUAUUCAUCACUUAAGAUUUUUUCUUCCUUUCAAGAUCUCUUUUUUAAUUACUUUCAUUGAUCCUCAAAAAUGGGUAUUCAGUUGAUCGGACUGUCUCACGCCAAGCAAAAGCUUCAAAGAAGCUUAUCAGCCAGAAUUGCGAGCCUCUUGGCGAUGUCGGGUACUAAUAAUGUCCCAAAGGGUCAUGUGGCCGUCUACGUGGGUGAGACUUACCAAAUGAAGAGAUUUGUGAUACCUAUAUCAUAUUUAAACCAUCCAUUGUUCCAAAGUUUGCUGAAUCUCGCGGAAGAAGAAUUUGGGUUCGAUCAUCCCAUGGGAGGUCUUACAAUCCCUUGCACUGAAGACUACUUCACUGCUCUAGCUUCUAUUCUAAAUUGUUCAUGAUAAGGGAGCUCACUGAUCAUCCCAAGAUUCAUUAAGAAUAUUUAUACAAAUAUAUUGUGUUUUUUUUCUUUGAAUGUACCCAACUCAGUGUAGAGAAUAACUUGAGAUUGAGAUACUGUGAGUCUCUUUCAGUUUUGGAUCUAAGAAGAUAUUGCCAGUUCUUUUAACUGUUCCACUUUAUAAAGUAUUCAUUUUCUCAGAAAAUUAAUUUAAGUUUCUUUUCUAUGUCGA